AUGCGAAGCGGGAACCGUCAUAGAUCAGCGCGAUUAUACAGAAAUAGUGGUAGAUCAUACAAAAUUCUCCUGAUCAUAAUUUUGUGUCUUGUCGAUCUUGAAGCACUUUUUUGUGUCAACCUCUGCCGAAUGCCUUUCGCUUUUAUCCUCUGCUGA